AUGGCCGAUGAGAGCAUGACUAGUAAAAUAGCACAAACAGAUUCUAAAGUCCAGACCUUUCGCAUAGCCAUGAAUCCUAAAUUGCUUGAAGCAGCAAGAUCAGGAAACAAAAAUAUUCUGGAUGAGUUACUACGACCAAGAGCUGGAGCUUCGGUGGGGGAGACCGCACUAACAGUACGAGAGGAUGCUACAACACAAGAAGAUAUCAGCUGCAUCCUUGGAGUUACACAGGAGGGGAACACGGUUCUCCAUAUAGUUGCUAGCCGAGGACAUCUCGAGAUUGCCAAGAAGAUCUGUUGUAGAGAGAUCUCUCUUUUGGGAGUACCAAACACGAGGCUCGACACUCCAUUGCAUUGCGCUGCAAGGGCUGGGGAUGACAAGAUGGUCUCUCUCAUCAUCCAGUUUGCAAGGGAGGGUGAGAUCGAAGAAAGGAGAGUGCUGAGGGUGAGGAAUAGGGACGAGGCGAAUGCUUUGCAUGAGGCCGCCAAAUAUAACCAUGCGAGCAUGGCUAAAGUACUGAUGGAUGAGGAUGCCAAACUGGCAUCCAUGCUGAACGAAGCCGGCAUGUCUCCGCUCUAUCUGGCCAUCGCGACAGGAUCACUGGAUGUAGCCAAAGCCUUGCUAAAGUCUUCUUCCUGGGAGAAGCAUUCUCGAGCACCUUACGUAGGCCCUAACAAGAAAACGGUGUUGCAUGAAGCAGUCCUCCUGAGUCGAGGGAAGGCAAAAAGGAGCCACCCUGCUUUUACUGAAGAUUACGUGGUAGAAAUUACACGAGACUUAUUGGAUCGGGAGCCGACGCUCGCCAAUGUUGUCGAUUCCUCUGGGAGAAAUCCUCUUUAUUAUGUAGCUUUAGGUGGUCGACAUGAUACGGUGAAGCUAUUAUUAGAGCACGAUCGCUCUACAGCCUACCAACCUGAUGCCAAUGGCUCAUUUCCUAUACACAAGGCAGCUAGUAUGGGAAACGUUCGUAUACUUAAUCAGAUUUUAAAACAGGGCCCGGAUACAGACGAAUUAUUAGACGAGGAGGGAAAAAAUUUUCUUCAUGUCGCUUUCAAAAAGGGAAAGUUUGAUGUGGUCAAGAAAAUUAUCUCCAAGAGACCGGACCUGAGGAAGCUGUUAAAUGACCAGGAUAACGAGGGAAAUACGCCGUUACACACGGCUGUUAAAAACGGUGACCAAGGGUGCGUGCAUUUUCUUCUCCGGGACAAAACCGUAUGCGUCGACGUUCUCAACCACGACGGCUUCACCCCUCUCGACUUGGCUUACGGAAUGUUGGGUGAAGACCUGCAAUUCCGGACGGUAAAACUCUUAACGAUCUCGUGCAUGUUUUGCUUGCCAUACAUCACAAUUCACAAGCUGUAG